GUGUUCUGUUUUUAUAUGUUCCGUAUUUUUGUUUCCAGGAGAACGUGUCGAGUGAAAUGUUAUAAAACCGUGACCUACAAGCAGUCACGAAAAGCGUGGUGUUUUUUAAGAAGAUGUACAAAAUACAGUUUGAAAUACAGGAAAUAUAGUACAACCUGUCUCAAAUGUUGUAAAGGAUGGACUGGCGUUCCCAGAAAGUGCAGAGAUAUCAACGAGUGUCGAAAAAAGCCUUGUGCAUGGAAUGCUAGAUGUAUCAACACACCCGGUUCCUAUCGUUGUGUUUGUGACCGUGGAUAUACAAUGGGACGACGUGAAUGUGUUGAUGUAGAUGAGUGCAGACGGAAUCCGUGUGGUAGAUAUGGUAGAUGUGCCAACAAAAUAGGAUCUUACAAAUGUUAUUGUAAACGAGGGUUUAGUUUUAACGGGAGAACAUGUAUUGACAUCAACGAGUGUAGAAGGAGAGUCUGUGGUCGUUAUGCAAGAUGUUACAACACACCUGGAUCCUACUAUUGCAAGUGCUACGGUCGUGGCUACCAAAUGAUCGGAAAGAGAUGUGUAGACAUCAACGAGUGUUUAAAGAACCCUUGUCCUUCUGAUGCCAAAUGUUACAACUACCCAGGGUCUUACCGUUGUGCAUGUAAACGAGGUUACCGAUAUCUGAAUAAAAAGUGUGUUGAUUACAACGAGUGCAAAUAUAAAGGAAGAUGUGACCAAAUCUGUAUCAAUACUCCCGGAUCCUACUAUUGCCGCUGUAAUAAGGGUUAUGAAAUAUUUAAGAAUCGUUUUUGCGUGGACAUCAACGAAUGUAGGUGCAACAAUGGUGGCUGUCCUUUCCCCUACAGAUGUAUUAACAGACCCGGACACCACUACUGUGAUUGCCCCUUCGGGUUUGGAGUUAAAGGGAAUAUGUGUCACCUUUUGAUACCUCAAAAGAACUUGAACUUUACUCUCCCCAAUAAUCCAACUGUCAUACCAAGAAUGAAGCCACAAGUACAUUCCACAACGUUGGCACCAAAUAAAGGUUAAAUCAGAGGCGAGGCAAGAUGGUCAUAAAUGAAAUGCCUACCAUUUGUCUUUUUGAUAAUUCUCCUCGAUCGAAGCUUACAUGGAAUCUAAACAUCUACAUAAAAAAUAAUCGACUGUUACUCUCUACUAUAUUAUACAUUAUAAAUUAUACUCCUACUUAAAUAGUUUAAAUCCUUACUACAUGGUAAUAAAAUAAUUAGCAUCGACUUAAACAAAACAUUGGAAGCGUAAUCACCGACCAAUAUCAAACGUUUCGCCGCGGAACUUCUUUGUGCGGGGUAACCUCCAUAGCAAGUCAUUUUUUUAGGUGACGUCCAUAUGACAUAGGACACCUCUGUCUUACAUGACCACUUCAUCAAGUCAUCAUCACUCCAGGACAUGUGAUAACAAUCUUAUCACCCCACUAUGUCACUUAUACAAUACAUCAUCGUUGUGUAUGCUUCGAGUUUUUAUUAAUUCAGUAAUUUCGUUGUAUUAGUUAAAUAAAUGACCAUUGCAUUUA